GUCAUAGUUAAUGUGAGUGUGCCCGUUUCGUCAUAGGUAGCAUUCCCCUGAGAGACCGUCCUAACAGGAAGCGGAAGUGAAAAUGAAGAGGAUGAGACAAAAAUGGCGGCAAUAAUUUCAGGACCAGUGCUAGCUUCCUUAUUUUACGAUCAGACUCGUUGUUCUGGUGAUCAGGAGGGACUGCUGAUAGGAAAAGUAAGUCACUCUGUGAAGGACACCAUUAGUGAUUCUCAGAUCAACAACUACAAGGUAGAGACAAAACUAUAUGUUUAUUCAUGCCACGAGCUGCAAAGGGAGACAAAUAUAUCUAGAAAAGAGCAGUUACAAAAAUGUAUCACAGAGCAGAUAAAAAGACACGGAGAAAAGUGUAUAGUAGGAUGGUAUCACUCCCGGAGAAAUACAGCGUCCCGGCUGUCAAUGCGAGAGAGGAGCGUCCACCAGACCCUGCUGAAAUCCCUUCCCUCACAGGGUCGGGAGGAUUUCUACUUCCUACUGUGUACAUCCUCCAACACACCAAACAGAUCAACACACAACUUCGACUUUGGUUUCUACAAACUCAACAAAGAUGAUGCUGAUUUGACCAAAGUGCCAGUUACAAUUGCUAACUUAGAGGAUACCACUACUAACUUGUACAAAUUAGACAGUAGCUGUACGGCGUCGGCUUCGUCAGGAAUCUACGCCUCCGUCAUCUCACAGUUCCAGCCUGAAAUCUUGGACAAAUCCGGACAAGUCCAGGAGGUUAAGAAGAUCAGUAGUCUGGGGUCGUCUUUACAGGAAAAGUUACAGGAUUUGACUCGAGGAGUUGAUCAGACUGAACGACAGCUGCAUGCACUGGAACUGGAGGUGAAAGAGCGUCGACAGAUGAUGGAACUGAAACUAGAGAAGGAGAGAAACAACAAGGCUCACUCCAAUACUCCACCACCAGCUUAUGAUCAUACUCCAAUUCAAAUUGGCAACACCAACGCCUCCUCUGACGACGCUAUCUCUAUAGCCAAACAGAAACGGGAGCAAAGACGAAGGGACACCAGCAAAUCUCUACACCCAAAUAUGUCAUCAGGACGACCGUCGUCUGCCAAGACGAAAGCUGAUCAAGUACAUCCCUUGACACGCCGUCUCAGCUCAGAGCUUGACGAGCCAACUCCCACUCACAGCCGUCGCCUUAGUGAUGACAUAGCAUUUAUAGAUGAAGAUGUACCAGAAGUCACAGAGCACGAAGAAAUGGACACCAAGUCAGACGAUGAGUUGAAAUCGAGAGAAAGUGAUAUGCAGGAACAUACUCAGGAGCAUGUUCAGGGGUCAGAGGUCAUUUCAUUACCUCAUAAAGGUCAAACUGUACGAUUAACACUUCCUGAAAUGAACGCCCCAGAAGCGUCAAAGCAAACAAUACCAUCAGUGACAUUAGAACACCAAACCAACUCUGACUCGGGUAAUAAAGAUCAUUUCUCAUUUGUAAGUGGACUUUUAGCCGAGGAAAAGACAAAACCUGUCAAAAAUAAAGUAGCAGAGAACUCCUACAAACACUCAAAUUCCAUGUCAGUGCCAAUUGGGGGUCAAAUGACGGCCCCUCAGAAAUCCUCAAAAGCUGCAGCUGCUGUUGGUGCAGCGGUUGCCGCGGCUGCUGUGAACAACAAAGACGAAGAGUCAACUCGUCAGUCGUCACGGUUACAGAAGCAGCAGCUAACAUCAAGUGCUGUGUUAAAUGUAAGCAACAAAGGUCAGAGGUCAAGAACAAAGCAAGGUCAACAUCAACCUGCAAGGUCAAGGUCAAAAGAAGGAACAAAAGCAAAAGAGACAAGUGGUGUUAAUUUAGAUCAUCCAUCAUCAAAAGACAAGCGUUCAAAAAAUAAUGUGAUAAAUCGCGAUCAGGAUUCCCAGAAUUCUUCUGCUGUGUGUAGAUUGGAGGCAAACGAUGAACAGACUCAAAAUUUCGAGGAAGAAGAGACGGAAGAUAUUCACACCAUAAACGAUCACGGACAGUUGGACAAUUUUAAAAUAUCUUCGUCUCCUGUGUUUUAAAGCUGUAUGUUGCGCACAAGAUGUUGGUAUUGUUAUGGUGUUAAUUAAUUUUAUAGUAAAUAAUGGCUUGUCCUCAAUUUAAUUUUGAUCCAUGAAAAACCAGUUUUUGUAGAAUUAAAACCUUACGUUAGUAGUUACACAUUCAGGUCGGAAUGCAUGUUGCUUGUGUCAAGUCCUUUUCUUCCGGUUGCAAGCUUUGUUAAUUUUUUGUUAAUAUGUUAUAUUUAGUUAUGAAAUUACGGUAUUGAUAAUUGUUCUUUUCGGGGAGAAUGAUGAUGAAAAUCUAAUGUUGAAGUAUUUUGGGUUAUGCAAUCAAUUGUAAAAUACAGCAUUUGUUUGCUUUGUCACAAAAUCUAUUUUAUUAAGUAUGUAUACCUAAUAAAUUGUGAUAGCUAU